UCUCAAUCCUGCUAUACUCCCAGCUUCCCUCCGGCCAUGUCUCUCCCCCAUUCCGCGUACGACCCUCGGCGUGUCUUUCGCUUCAACCUCCCCACAUUCGAGAUCGGUCCCAGGACUCGCUCAAUUGGUACAUACGUCUCUGGAGGUAUAUUCGCCCUCGCCUACUUUCUCCUCUUCGACGCCGCCACUCUCUCAUCCCACGCCAAACCUCCCCCUGACGCCCCUUAUGAUGUCGUCCCCGUCCAUAUGUCAUUUGUAGACUGGAUCCCCGCCAUCAUCUCCACCUUCGGCUUCAUCAUCACAUCGAUUCUCGACAAGUCCCAUCUCACUUCUGCAUUCUCUUCCGACCCCUGGGCCUCCGAAGGAUCAGCCGCUUGGCGAGCGAGGGUGGUCCUGUUUAUUGGCGUUGCGAUGAUGGCUGGAGGUCUCGCCGGCAGCUUGUGUGUUCUCAUCCUCAAGUAUAUCAUCCCCGACUUUUCCGGCUACUUGUGGUACGGCGGUGCGAAUGUGGCUUGUAACACUGGUAUCAUGAUUUCGUACGUCUUCCGUCCAUUGAUCUGCAUCACAGGAUGGAUGCUGAUGACAAUUGCAGCGCUAUGAUCCUCUGGAUCGCUCAGAGCGGCAGCGACGAGUAUGAGUACCAGCUUACCGUCUAGAUGGAAGAGAAGAGGGGUCUGGAAAUCUUGUAUAAUCUAUGCGAUGUGCGUAUGCAUCGUGGUAUGUGAACAACGCUGCUCUUUGAUUGGGAAAUGGGCAUGUCGGAGGUACGCAAUAAGGGACGAAGGGUCGAGCAGGAUGCCCAGGGAGGCUCGUCACGGGCAGAGAACCGAAAGACAUAUAAUAGAA